AUGGAAGUAGUUCAUUGGAUUGAGUCUUUCAUCCGAGCCUUCAUGUGCCUUCUGGGGAUUCUGGGGAACAACUGGCUGGCCAUCCGGUCCCUGCCUGGGAAGAAGUCCCAUCUCCGGACCAAUGAAGCCCUUUUCAUCAACCUGGCUGCCUCCAACCUCAUCACCAACUACAUGGUGGACCUGCCAGACACCAUGGCUGACUUUGCCAACCGGUGGUUUCUGGGUAGGUUCUAUUGCGGUGUUUUCCGGUUCUGCUCAGACCUGUCUGAGACCAGCAGCAUUUUCUCCACCCUGCUGAUCAGUGUGUUCUGGCAUCAGAAACUGGUAGGGUCGCUCACGCGUGGCACAGCCCCGGUCCAAAUGGAUAACCUACGCCUCGUCACCACCCUGCUGGUCUGCGGCUGGACCUUCGCCAUGAUCUUCAGCAUCCCCCACUUCUUCUUUGUCUCCUUGGAAACAGGCAAUCAGAGCUCAGGUGACUGUAUAGAGGAAUUCCCCUCUGCUGUGGCAAGGCAAACCUAUGAGGUGAUGUAUCUAACUCUGGCUAAUGCAGUGCCUAUCGCUGGCAUAGUCUUUGCAAGUAUCCAGAUUGUGAUCACCUUGCUUCGGCACCAGAAACGAAUCAAGGGCAUGAACUCUGACAUCCAUAAUAGUAUUGCAAACCCCCUCCCCCACAGGGAUGAGACGACAGAAUCAACAGUGACUAAUCUCCCAGAUCAUGCAGAAAGCAGAGUGCAGCAGCCCCUGGAGGCACCAGUGCUUAGACCCACCAAGGCCACCUCUGGCCCAAGUAAUCAGGUGAGGGCAGCAAAAAGUGUGGUGGCUGUAGCAACUGUGUUUCUGGUCUGCUGGCUAACUCACCUCCUGCUGCGUAUCACCAGCAAUGUCAAUAUGUCCCAUGUUGUGGUAGAGGUGGCCAGUUACAUUGCAGCCUCUUACACUUGCAUUAUUCCCUAUAUCUUCCUACAUGGAGUGAAGAAGUUGUCUUGCUCCUGCAGAGGGUAA